CGUCCUCCGUCUGACACGUUCCGAAGAUAUCUGGUCAAUCGUUACAGCCAAACACAAGCACAGGCACAGCACAAAACCGCAACCAAGUAUCUCGCAGCAUGAAUCAAGUUGGACAUCUCUCCCCUACCGCCGUUCCCUUUCAUCCCUUGUAUGAACCGGUACAUCUCAUGAUCUUCAACGAUGGCAUUCCGUCGUUGACCUACGUAUCUGAAGUAGAUCGUUUUAACGCGCUACACGGAAUCCAGGACGACGCUAUCGACGAAGGAUUCCCUCCAACUGCACAGGAAGCCGCCGAGCUGGAAGACACGGACGCCUACGUGUAUCUCAUGGCCCGUUUGGACAUGAUGGAAGAAUGCGAAGAACGAGCUCGGGCCUUCACACACGGCCCCAAACGCUGGGAAGUUCGCCGUCGUCGUGGACUCCUAGGUCGUCCCCGUCCAGCAAUGCACCUGGUGACCCCGGCCUCCCACGGUCCGGCGCUCUCGGGAUCGCGCUCUUUGGUUGCUUCUACGCAUCGACAGGUUAUGAUUCGGGGACGUCGGCAAAGUAAGGGGCUGGAACGUUUUUCCAUGCCACGCGCUGCGAAACGGGGAAUGGUCCGCGUUGCGUCCAUACAACAACCCCGCAAACAGAACUAAUUGCAAAGAACCGUUUUGUCUCCGCCGACAGACGCGACCUUCUCUUCACUGUCACGAGAUUAUUAUCCAGUUUUCUUUUCGAAAGAAGCAAAACAACAACAUUAUCAAAGAGCAAAAUAUCCAGAAACAUUACAAAAGCUCACUCACUACAAAUGCUUCCACACAAUUGUGUGAAAGUUUCAGAAACAAUAGUUGCACACCUAGCCAUUGAAGCUAAUACGUCAACUUUUUUAAUUCUAUCAAUUAUCUUUUCGUGAAGUC